CGACUGCCGCGACAUACAAUUUGAAGUAGUUACAAUAUAUAAUUUUGAGCCACUCUUAUAAUUUGAUGCCAUAUACGGGACAAAUGUAUGGCCUCUUUUAUGUCCUACUCAACAUUACUUGUCACUAUUUACGCGCGCGUUGGGAAGCGGUCCUCGCUUUUGUAUCCGUUACGAGUCUAAGUAAAUUUAUUGCUGAUUUUUAACUAACAUUGCAAACUUAAGCAGUACUCUGAUUUUAUCUUCAAUCAAGUUUACUUAAAUAUAGUCCUUAGGCUGCAUUCAUUCGUGCGUACAACUAAAUAUAUCCACGACUUAUCGCGUACAUUUUCAUAUUUAUGAUUGAUAGACUAUAAGGUUUCUAAUAUGAGCAAUACUGAUAUAAAAAGAAGUUGGAGUGGAGAGGUUACGCAAACAUUAGAACAGUCUUCCAAAAGAAACAUAAAGAAAGGGAGCAAUGAAGAUAUUAGUCAUAGGAAAAAAUUGAAACCCAAUACUGAGAAUAAAGCGAGUCCAAAACCACAAAGGAAACCUUUAGAACUAGAGACAGACCUAACAGUGCUUCAGAGACGUCAAAAACAAAUUGAUUAUGGCAAAAAUACUGUCGGGUACCACAAUUACAUUCAGCAAGUACCAGAUCAAAGAACCAAAGACCAUCCGAAAACUCCAGAAAAAUAUACAAAAUACAGUCGAAGGUCCUGGGAUACAUUAAUAAAAAUGUGGAGGAAAAAACUUCAUGAGUAUGAUCCAAAGGGAAAAAAUGAAGAUGAUGAUGAUGACGAAGACAGUGAUAAGCAAGAGAAACAUUCAGACUGAUUUACAUACAGAUUAUACUAUUAUUUUCCAAGAUACUAAAAUAUUACUUUGUUAUCAAACAUGCAUUUGAAAAACAAAGCCUAGUUAUGAGCAAUUGGAUAUCAGAAACAAGCAUAUUAGGAAAAGUUGCAAGUUUCAAAAUAUACUUUUAAAUAAUAUGUGUACUAUCUAGACUGUUCUGAAGUUAGCUAAUAGAACAUAUAAUUAGUAUAUGGGCCAAUAUGGCCCACAUUUAUACUAUGCUUGCUGAAACAACAGUAUUUAUGUUGUUAAAAUAUUAUAUAGAUCUUGUAUGUAAUACAUUUAAUACCCACA